CAAGCCAGCCCCCAGCCCUCUCCCUUUACAUCAUCCCUCAGCACCAUCAACUAUGAUGAGUUUCCCACCAUGGUUUUUCCUUCUGGGCAGAUCUCAAGCCAGGCCUCAGCUUUGGCCCCAGCCCCUGCCCCAGCCAUGGCAUCAGCUCUGGCCCAGGUCCCAGCUCCUGGCCCAGUACUAGCCCCAGGCUUUCCUCAAGCUAUGGGCCCACCUGCCCCCAAGCCUUCCUAGGCUGGGGAAGGAACGAAGGCCCUGCUGCAUCUGCAGUUUGAUGAUGAAGACCUGGGGGCCUUGCUUGGUAACAGCACAGACCCAGCUGUGUUCACAGACCUGGCAUCCGUCAACAUCUCCGAGUUUCAGCAACUGCUGAACCAGGGCAUAUCUGUGGCUUCCCACACAACUAAGCCCAUGCUGAUAGAGUACCCUGAGGCUAUAACUCGCCAAGUGACAAGGACCCAGAGGCCCCCUGACCCAGCUCCUGCUCCACUGGGGGCCCCAGGACUCCCCAGCAGCCUCCUUUCAGGGGAUGAAGACUUCUCCUCCAAUGCAGACAUGGACUUCUCAGCCCUGCUGUGUCAGAUCACCUCCUAGGGGGG